AUGAAGAAGAACGAAAAGAGCGAGUUAUUAAAUCACGAAAAAACACUCCAGAAGAAAGAAACAGACAGAGAAAAGAAUGGAGAAAGAGGAAACAAGGGAAGCAAAUGCCGAAUUCAACGAAUAAAAAUGUUGAACUACAACCGCGAAGCGAAUGAGUUGGUGCCUUGUACUUCUGAGGCUAAGGAAACGAAACUGCCUCCUUCGGACCAACAUUUUGAGCCACAAAAUGUCAAGAAACCCCGUAUCCUCGCGCUUAAACCAGGCAGUGAAGAGAAGAAAGAGGCCUUGGGUGGUUGUUCAAGAGCUGCUAAGAUGAUUCAAAUGGCUGUUGGUGCCGACGCAGUUGUCUCGCAGAAACCUCGUGGGAAACGUCAUCAAACCUUUUUAAUUGGAAAAAAAACCACAGUGAGCAAUGGAUCCAGAUUUGAACCCAAAGAACUCAGGCCAGAAAACAUUGAAUACUUGUCUAAAAAUCCAGUUGGGAGUGGAAGCUUUGGACAGUGUUUUCUCGGGCGCUAUCGAGGCAUCGACGUUAUUGUCAAGCAAAUGACUCACAACGAAACGUCAGAGGAUGAAGAACGAGCAAGGAGAGAUUUACUCCACGAAGCAAAGGUCGUUUCUGCUUUGGGGGACCAUCCACAUCUACCCAUGAUUUUUGGUGUUGUUACAAAGGCCUCACCAUUAUGCCUUGUGACUCAAUUUUAUGGUGUUCAGGAAGAAAGUGUAACUCUCCAUCAAGCGGCCGAUAACAACGCAGUUACUAAAGCAAACUGUAUUUCUAUAUUUAAAAAGAUAUGCAGUGUUUUAGACCGCGUGCACUCUAAAGGAUACCUUCAUAACGACAUCAAAGGAAACAAUGUUGUACUAGAACGGCCCUCAGCCUCUGGGGAAUUCAGCCCAGUUCUUAUUGACUUUGGAAAGAGCCUUAAGGUUUCAUCUGUUACGUUGUACCGCAGAAACGGCACCGUUAUGAAAUGCAAAGGGAAAAGCUAUUUAGCCCCUGAGGUUGUUAGUGAACGACUCUAUAGCGUUGCCAGUGACAUUUUUUCAUUGGGAAGAAUGCUUAAGUCGUCGUCUUUGUUGGGUUUUUAUGAAAGGGUCCGAGAAUUGGUUAAAAUGUCAACCAGAGAUAAGCCGUCAGAGAGACCUAGCUUUUAUGUUUUCUCUCGUAAGAUUGCUGAUGUUAAAUUUUAG